AUGGGUGUUAUAAAGAUGCUCUUAGACCAAAAUAUAGAUAUCUAUUCAGUAGACAGAGAAGAGAGAAAUGCAUUACACUUGGCAGCAUCAAAGAACACUGUGGAUGUUAUAAAGAUGCUCUUAGACCAGAACAUAGAUAUCUAUUCAGUAGACAGAGAGAACACUAUGGGUGUUAUAAAAAUGCUCUUAGACCAGAAUAUAGAUAUCUAUGCAGUAGACAGAGAGGAGAGAAAUGCAUUACACUUGGCAGCAUCAAAGAACACUGUGGAUGUUAUAAAGAUGCUCUUAGACCAGAAUAUAGAUAUCUAUUCAGUGGACAGAGAGGAGAGAAAUGCAUUACACUUGGCAGCAUCAAAGAACACUGUGGAUGUUAUAAAGCUACUCUUAAACCAGGAUAUGUUCAUGCAGUAG